AUGAACUCUACAGUGAACUCUACAGGGUCCAGUGACGUAAUGCUGAGACUGCAGAUGUCUCUGUACAGCAUCAAUGUUCUGUUCGGUCUUCCGACACACUCACUUAUCAUAUGGCUCAUCGUCACAGGAACGGGAAGUGGAAUUGCAUCAGACUUCUUCAUUCUUAAUCUUUCUGUUUGUGAGAUUGGUAUCUGUCUGAAUAGUGUUUUAGCAUUUUUUUAUGCUCUUCGGUUUUCAAAUUUCUCAGGAUUAAUGUACUUUUUAUCAGGACUGGGCAUCACCGGUCGUCCUGUGUUUCAGUGUCUGAUGUGUGUGGAGCGUUACCUGGCAGUGAUUCAUCCUGUAACCUUUCUGAAGUACAAACCUCUCAGAUACAGACUGAUCUGCUCCUCCGCUGCCUGGUUCAUUACUCUUGUCUCAUGUUCAUGCUGCAUGUUUAGUACAAUCUCACUGAAACAUGCUUUUUUUGUAGGGUUUUACUCAGUUCAGUUCCCCGUCUUUCUCUCCAUUCAGUUGUUCUGUUGUCUGGCUGUUCUCAGAGCUCUGAAGCAGUCAGGACCAGGAGAGAGAGGGAGAGAGAGAGAGGAGGAAAACCACAGGAAGAGAAGAGCGUUUAAUAUCAUUUUUAUAACUACUGUGAACUUCAUUGUCAUUUAUCUCCCAUUUGCAACGUCAGGAUUUUGUUUUAUUCUGUCAAACCAUCAUAUUGUUGAACUUGAUUUAGCUUUUUUUUUUCUUUUUUCUUUUGCUGGCUUUGUUCAACCUGUUCUCUAUCUGCAUCGUGCUGGAAAACUCCGCUACCUGUGUUCACCAUAA